CAGGCCUUUCUGAAGCAGAGACGUCGCCCAACAAUUUUCCGGAACUUCCGAGCACUUGGAAGAUUGUUAGAAACUCCAACCAGCACCGAAGGAAGGAUGGGGAAUACGUACUCACAAGAAGUAGAGAAGAAACGACUGCAAGUGUCUGAAGUAGACCACCCGCAAGACAAGGAGUUUGGAAACUAUGACUUUCCGUUCGAGAACUUGGUGAUAGAGGGAGGAGGGGCCAGAGGAGUAGCGUAUGUUGGGGCGCUGCGGGUCCUAGAGUCUGCCGGAAUCCUCCAGAACAUCAAAAGAGUUGCCGGUGUGAGUGCGGGAGCCAUCACUGCGACGUUCGUGGCGCUGGGACUCAGCUGUGCGGAUGUGGCACAGCAGGCUGAGGUGGACAUGGGCAAGAUCCUCAUUUCCGGAGGAUAUUUGCAAACCCUGAUCAAACCCCUCAACCUGUACCGCCGGUAUGGUUGGGAGACAGGUGACGGGUUCUUGGCGUUCUUUGGGGGCAUCCUGGAGAAGUUCACACGUAAGGAUGGCAAGCCCGGAAACCCAGAUGUCACCUUCAAACAGCUGUACAACAUGAGUGGGAUAGAACUCUGCAUUGUGGUGACGAACUUGGACCAGAUGACAGAAGAAUACUGCCACGUCAAAACCACCCCGAACCUCCCCAUCCGCAAGGCAGUCAGGAUGUCCAUGUCUAUUCCAGGACUGUUCGAGCCAGUGCUGACUGACUACCACGGAAGCAAAGAGUUCUACGUCGAUGGAGGUGUGAUCUGUAACUACCCACUCCACUCUUUUGAUGGCUGGUGGCUUUCCAUGAAAGAAGAAGAUUCGUUCUUCAGUAGACUGGAUGAUCUCGCCCAUCUCAGUAAAAGCAUGCACCGUUCCAACCGCUUCGAGCCAGUCAACACGAAGACGAUCGGACUCAUGCUGUACUCUGAUGACGACAUUGAGCAGCACCAGCAAGUUCUCUCUGACCGUCUGACGCAGGAGGAAAGACUGUAUGAGAAGAAACGUCCUGAUACUGAAGCAGCAAGGGCGUACGAAGACAAGAGGACCGUUGAAACAGUCAAAGCCAUGGAGAACAGGAAGAAGAUUCGAGACCUCAUCGACAAACUUCUGACCAGUCUGAAGGCCCAAAACAUUGAGGACACCUCGACUAUCAGUAGAGAGGAACUGCACAGGGCUUUUGCGGAGGCAGGAGACGACUCUCUGACUAAGAACGAAAAGAAGCAACUCUUCGGGGAGGCCUACGCACACAACGUUGACCAACUCUUCGAUCAAAUGGACGCUAACAAAGACGGAAAGCUGACCUUCCAAGAGAUUCACCAGUUCUUCACCAAUAGAGGAUUCAGCUGGUUGACUCGAGGGAUGGAGACCAAGAGAGAGCACGUCUCAAGUCUUGCUGACUACACCUUGAAGUACAUGGAUCUCCUUAGCUUUCUCGGGAAGAAAGUCUACCACAAGGUUGACGACAUGGAGAGGACCAUUGGAGUGGACAGUGACUACGUGAAGACAACGGACUUUCAGCUGGAGGACGAGGAUAAGAUGUUCCUCUUCAAGAGAGGAGCCACCGGUGCGCGAGCUUUCCUACGGACGUACAUUGCAAAGAACGAUCUGAAACCCGCCAGGACCGUCGCCAAACGCCGCUGGAAGAGCCUACAGCGCUGUGUGCUGUUCUCUCCACGGGUUAAAAAAGUCCCAGAGAAGGAGAGCCCUUCUGCUAACGGAGUCCCGAUCCCAGAGUCAGAGACCCCGUCUACCAACGGAGUCCUCGAACAACAGAGCCCUUCUACUAACGGAGUCCCCAAGCCAGAGAGCCCCUCUACUAACGGUAUCUAACUACUAACGGUAUCUAACUUUGCUUUGAAGCACAUAUGGCCUAGAAUGCCCGUCGUAUGGAUAUAAAGAAAGACGAUUCUGAAACCUAGAAUAUAUGAUAUCAAAGCAGCAUAUAACAGAAGGAGUUAUGUUAAUUUGUUUAGGCCUAAAUAAAGGACGUUUCAGUUGACUACUGGCUUCAGA